CCAGGAGAGAGACAAACUGAUUUCCCUUUGUUUACAGUAAUGUUAUAUGCGAUGUAACUGUCAUUAUACCGCUGUCAGGUCGAGCGGUUUUCACUAAUAACAUUACAAUGCUGACUGGCUUUUCUACAUUCAUGUGCGCUCAGUUUAUAGGCGUCAGCAAUGUUACGGUAAAGUGAUCUUCAGGAAAACCUCAGUGCAUAUUUGAUGGUUUCUCUCUCCGUGAUGGUUAAAGGGGUGUGAUGUUUUCUUCAAUCCUCCAUCAUGUCCCUCUCCUCCAAGCCUCGAUCCCUGGUGCUCCACAAACGCAGCCAUGCUGGAGAAAAGCCCCACACCUGCCGGCUCUGCUCCAAAACCUUCAUCUCGUCCUCUCACCUGGCUCUCCAUCUGCGCUCGCACUCCGGAGAGCGCAAGUACAAGUGCAGCGUCUGCUCCAAGAUGUUCAUGCAGUCGUCGCAGCUCAUGCGCCACAAGACCAUCCACACGGGGGAGAAACCCUUCAAAUGCCCCGACUGCAACAAGUGCUUCGGCCGCGCGUCACACCUGAAGACCCACAGCAGGCUCCACACAGGUGAGAAGCCCUUCCAGUGCACACUGUGUGACAGGGCGUUCACACAGAAAGCCGGACUCGUCAUUCACCUGCGUCUGCACACCGGGGAACGGCCAUUUAAGUGUGAUAAAUGUGGAAAAGCUUUCCGUACGUCAGCUCAUCUGCUGAACCACCAGGCGCUGGAGCUGGGCGAGGGCAGACACAUGUGCUCCACCUGCCACAAGGGCUUCAGGUCUCUGUCCAUGCUGAAGCACCAUGAGAAGAGCCACCAGUCUGGAUCAACAGAAGCCUCCCUGUGCUGUAGCGUUUGCUCCGGGGCCUUCGGUCAAUCCUCACACGCACACUUACUCAACGGGCAGCAGCUCUUCCACUGCAAAGUGUGCAACCAGACGUUUGUGAAAAUGUCCACCUUCGAGAAACACUGCCGCCAACACCAGCGGGACGCACACCAGUGUGUGAAGGAGGAGGAGGAUUCGUACGAUCCUCUGUUUGAGCUGCAUUCGGCUGCGUCCCAAACACAGAGCACUUCAGAGGUCAACACACGCUCCAAAACCAGAGCCAGAGUCAAGAGCACUGCGGAGUAACACUACAGUAACACUUCACUUUAAGGGGCGUUCAUAAGGCUGUCAUUAAACCUUAAUAAUCAUGACUUGCAAGUUCAUUAAGCGCCAUCUGGUGUCUGGUGGUGGUUUUGCGCGUUUAGUCUGCUCAAAAAAAUCGCUUUGGUAUGAAUACGAAAAAAACAUUAUGAUAGCAUUGUACUUGAAGGAGUGUUCAUAAGACUGUCAUUAAACCUUUAUAAUCAUGACUUUCAAGUUCAUUAAGCGCCAUCUAGUGUCAGGUGGUGAUUAUGCACAUUCAGUCUGCUCAAAAAAUGUAUUUGGUAUGAAUGCAGAAAAGCGUUACAGUAACUGUAUGAAGGGGUGUUCAUAAGACUGUCAUUAAACCUUUAUAAUCAUGACUUGCAGUUCGUUAAGCGCCAUCUAGUGUCAGGUGGUGAUUAUGCACAUUCAGUCUGCUCAAAAAAUGUAUUUGGUAUGAAUGCAGAAAAGCGUUACAGUAACUUUAUGAAGGGGUGUUCAUAAGACUGUCAUUAAACCUUUAUAAGCAUGACUUAAAUGUUCAUUAAGUGCCAUCUAGUGUCAGGUGAUGAUUUUGCGCAUUCAGUCUGCUCAAAAAAUUGUUUUGUCAUGAAAGCGGAAUAAUGUUAUGGUAGCACUGCACCUGAAGGGGUGUUCAUAAGACUGUCAUUAAACCUUUAUAAUCAUGACUUGCAAGUUCAAUAAGCGCCAUCUACUGUCAGGUGGUGAUUAUGCACAUUCAGUUUGCUCAAAAUAUGUAUUUGGCAUGAAUGCAGAAAAACGUUACAAUAACUGUAUAAAGGGGUGUUCAUAAGACUGUCAUUAAACCUUUAUAAUCAUGACUUGUAAGUUCAUUAAGCGCCAUCUAGUGUCAGGUGGUGAUUUUGCAUGUCAGCUCAAAAAAUUGAUUUGGUAUGAAUACGGAAAAAACGUUACAGUAACACUGUAUGAAGGGGUGUUCAUAACACUGUCAUUAAACCUUUAUAACCAUGACAUAACA